AUGACAAAUCCCUCGGCAGAAGCGCAGAUCAUUCCGCUGGACAGAAUGCCCCAACAGGCUGGCGUUCAGAAGGCUCAAGAUGAUUGGACUGGAGUCAUAAAUCGGACAGAACGAAGAAAAUUACAGAACCGACUCAACCAACGACGCUACCGGACAAGAAGACAAAAUCGAGUGGAACCAGAUGCUGUCACUACUUCCUCUGCCGCUUUGCCCAGUGCGUCCACUUCCGUGCUACCGCUUGAUUCCCAGGCGGUACAUGAGGAAAGCUUUGAAUGCUCACACGCACCUCCAAAUGCCUGGAAAUUCCACCAAUGGUUUAAGAAAAUUGCGUAUCAAAGCUAUAUUCAAGGCUUACCCAACAGAGAUCACUUGAUAAGUCUUAGUCGACUCAAUGUGCAUCAAGCCAUCAACGAGAACAUUGCUGCGAUUGGCAUGACACCUGCGUGGAUGCAAAGCGAUGAUUCAAUCUCAAUAUUCAAUCUCAAACAACCCAGUUUUUCAGUCGAGAGAAUUCCGCACUGCUUACGUCCAACUUUCCUUCAAUUGCAUAUUCCACAUCAUCCUUGGUUGGACUUUUUUCCUUUCCCGAACAUGCGGGACUGCAUGAUUCUUGCUGGUAACGGUUUUGAUGACGAUGACCUGUGCCAUGAUCUCAUGGCAUUCUGGGACACGAGAAAUACCGCUGCCACGUUACUUGUAUGGGGAGACUCGUGGGAUGCAAAGAAUUGGGAAGUUACAGAGGGCUUUGCACAUAAAUGGAAAUGGCUACUCCGCGACUCACCAGAGCUGCUAGCUUCCACAAAUCGCUGGAGAAAAUCAAGAGGGGAGAAGCCUAUUGUUUGGAGACGUAUCUUGUCAGAUCGAUAG